AUGAGUCAAUUUGGAGUUGGUACUGGUAGUACCAAUGUGAUGUAUGAAGGUGAUCUAACAGAUAAUAGUAUUCCGGACAUGCAGAACAUAACAAAGAAGAACGACAUUUUGCCACUGUGGGGCAAUACGCAGACAAUGAAUUUAAAUGCUUUGGAGCGCGGUACACGGAAAACACAAGGGAUAACCGCAUGUGCGGCGGGAUCAGUUGCAUUCCUUCUUUUCCUGGUGAGAGGUGUUGGUGCUGGUGGAGUGGUGAGUACGGCAUUCUGUCUUCUUUAUAAACUUUUCACUAUUCGGCUCUCCAGGAAACAGCUGGUUAGUAUGAUUAACAACAGCGAUUCACCGUACAUACGAGGGGCAGAUCAAGAGAAGAAUGUGGCACAGUGUUUUUUACUGAUGUCCAAAAGCAUUCAGACUAGCGAGAACGAGCUGUGGGAUAUCGCCUAUGUCGACGUGCUAUCGAACGAUGUUUUAUUUUCCACGUCGAAUGAAGUUACCUACAUUGCAUUUGACGGUGCUGAUUGUAAAUAUACACCAGGUGAUUGCUUUGAUCCGGCUGUUAUGACGAGAAUAAAACUAUCAUGUCAUUCAAGUGCAACAUCGUUUGAUCAAAUUCCAGAACUUUUGGAUGAUAUUAUAAUUCUCGAUUACUGUUCAUUUGGUGACAGUGUCGAUAUUAAUAUUUGGAUUGGACCAUCAGAAAAUGUAUCAUCUCAGUAUUUCGAUCCAAAAAAUAACAUAUUUGCCAAAUAG